GUAAAUUUGUUGACUAUCGUUCACCAUAAAAACCUGGUUUCUUUUGUGGGGUAUUGUGACGAAGGUGACGUGAAAGCAUUGAUCUAUGAAUAUAUGGACCAGGGGAAUCUGCAAGGGCUAUUGUCAGGUAGAAAUCCAAAUGUCUUGAAGUGGUCAGAAAGACUUCAAAUUGCUGUGGAUGUUGCACUUGGAUUGGACUAUUCGCAUAAUGGUAUUAGGCCACCAGUAGUUCAUAGAGACUUGAAGACUUCCAAUAUUUUGUUGAAUAAAAAGAUGCAAGGCAAGAUUUCUGAUUUUGGACUCUGUAGACCUUUCAUAAAUGAAAAUGACGCUCAUAUAUCAACCAUACCAGCAGGCACAUUUGGCUAUCUUGAUCCCGAAUUUCAAAGAACUGGAAAGUUGAACAAAAAGAGUGAUGUCUACAGUUUUGGGGUAAUUUUGCUGGAGCUGAUCACAGGGCAACGUCCUAUAAAAGAAGAGGCAUCACUUGAAAACAAGAGUCACUUGCUUCAUUGGGUUAAUCGUAAACUUAAGAAUGGAGAUAUUAAAUCUAUAGUUGAUCCCAGGUUACAAGGAGAAUAUAAUACAAGUUCAGCUUGGAAAUUUAUAGAGACUGCUAUGGGCUGCGUUCCACCUAAAGCGAUCCAAAGGCCUGACAUUAGUGAAGUAUUAAGUGAGCUGAAGAUCUGUUUAAACUUGAACCAACAACAGACCCAUACUCGUGAAAGAUCAGAGACAGAGAGCAGCAGAAGAAAUCCCAACAAUUCAUUGGAUAUGGGCUCUCUGAACUCACUGGGUAUUGAAUCAACAGCAGGCCCAUAUGCUAGAUAA